GAAGAAGUCCUUCUUUCUAGUGUUAAGCUCUUUCUCUCUUCGUAUCUGACCUCUUCGCUCCUCCGGCAUUAGGGUUUUAGAUUCUAGGGUUUUCACAUCCUCGCUAAUUUCUUGAUUGGGCGUUGGGAUUAAGCGGUAUUGCUUGAGAUUUUCGGAACCAGUAGGAGCUUUGAAUGUAGUUUACAAGUAUUCUCUCCAACAACACUUCUCAAAUGGGAGGAGACUCAGAAAACGCUCACCAACCUUCUAAAAAGAGAGGUGCUUUGAAGCAGCUGUCACGUGAGAAUCCAGAUGCUGAUGAUGAUGAUAUUGGUUCAGCUGAACUUGAGAGUGGCACUUUCAAGAAGGCCAGUGAUGAGGUGUUGGCCACCAGACGAAUUGUCAAAAUCAAGCGCAAAGAGCCAUCACCAGCUGCAGCUUCCAACCCAUUCGCUGGAAUUCAAUUGCUCCCUACUGCACCUGCUUCGGGAACAAAUGCUCCUCUGGCUGAGUCUAAAGUGGCUCCUGCUGAAGCUGUAGUUGAGGACAACCAAAAGGCAGUUGAUGCUGAAGACGGCGAUGAAGUUGACAGUAAGAAGGUUGAUGUCAAAGAGGAAGAGUCUGAAAAGACUAAAGAUAAGGAUGUUGAUGAUAAUCAGUGUGGAAAGACAUCUGAGGACCAAGUCACUGAUGCUGGUGUAGACCAGACGGUCUCGGGUGUUAGCGUAGCUGUAGAAGGAGCAGAUCAAACUGAGGAUCAUGUUGAGAAGGAAUCAGGAGGUGAUCAGACUGUGAUAAAAGAAAAAAAAGGCGAAGCAAGCGUUGAAGCAGUUAAGAACGGUGAUGAUAAUAAUAAUAACGGCUCUUUGAGUUCGUUCCAGCAGCACUCAAGUAGCAAAAACGCAUUCACCGGACUUGCCGGCACACAGUCCUCUGGUUCUUCCUUCUCAUUUGGUGUCGUUUCUCAGGAUGGUAGUUCUGGACCUCUCUACGGCUUUGGCCUCGCAAACAGCUACAACACUUCUUCCCUCUUCGGUGCGUCUGGACCUUCCAUUAUCAAGAAGAGCGAAGGCACUGGGUUUCCUCCAAAGCAAGAGGUUUCCACAGAAACAGGAGAAGAGAACGAGAAAGUCGCCUUCUCAGCUGACUCGAUCAUGUUUGAAUAUCUUGAUGGAGGGUGGAGAGAGCGUGGCAAAGGAGAAGUCAAGGUCAACGUCUCCAGCAAUGGCGGUAAAGCAAGGCUGGUUAUGAGAGCUAAAGGAAACUACAGGUUGAUCCUAAACGCGAGUCUCUACCCGGAGAUGAAACUUGCCAGCAUGGACAAGAAAGGAAUCACGUUCGCUUGUGUGAAUAGUGAAGGCAGAGAAGGUCUCUCUACGUUUGCACUCAAGUUCAAAGAUCCAACAAUCGUUGAAGAGUUUCGUGUAGCUGUUGACAAACAUAAAGAAAGUAAACCAGUAGAAACGGCUCCUCCGCUGAAGACACCUGAGAACUCUCCAACAGCUACAGAUGCUGCCUGAAGAGAAAGGUAAAAGAAAAACACUGAAGAAACUCUCCUCUUUACCUUUUGUGUCUUUACUUUCAAGUAGUUGAAUUUUGAGGCAGAGAAAACUAGAGAUUCGAACAAGUUUGUUUGUUGUUGUUUUCAUUUUAAACAGUUGUUGAGACUUUCUGGUUGGCAUAAGACUUUAAAAAAAUCUGCAUCAAACCCUCUUUAUAUGAACCAUUUGUUUCAUAUAA